AGCCCAACCUGGGGGAAGAUGAUGAAGACAAGGACUUGGAGCCUGGUCCAUCCGGGACCUCAAAGGCUUCAGCCCAGAUCUCAGGCCAGUCGGACACAGACAUCACAGCUGAGUUCCUGCAGCCUCUGCUGACGCCCGACAAUGUGGCCAAUCUGGUCCUCAUCAGCAUGGUGUACCUACCUGAGGCCAUGCCUGCCUCCUUUCAAGCCAUCUACACCCCAGUGGAGUCAGCAGGUACUGAAGCCCAGAUUAAGCACCUGGCUCGGCUCAUGGCCACACAGAUGACAGCUGCAGGACUUGGCCCAGGUGUGGAGCAGACCAAGCAAUGCAAGGAGGAGCCCAAGGAGGAGAAGGUGGUGAAGCCAGAGAGUGUCCUGAUCAAGCGGCGCCUGUCAGCCCAGGGCCAGGCCAUCUCUGUGGUAGGCUCUCUGAGCUCCAUGUCCCCGCUGGAGGAGGAGGUACCCCAGGCGAAGAGGAGACCAGAGCCCAUCAUCCCUGUCACGCAGCCCCGGCUGGCAGGUGCUGGUGGGCGCAAGAAGAUCUUCCGUCUGAGUGACGUGCUGAAGCCCCUGACAGAUGCCCAGGUGGAAGCUAUGAAGCUGGGCGCUGUGAAGCGGAUCCUGCGGGCUGAGAAGGCUGUGGCCUGCAGCGGGGCGGCCCAGGUGCGUAUCAAGAUCCUGGCCAGCCUGGUGACACAGUUUGACUCAGGCCUCAAGGCUGAAGUCUUGUCCUUUAUCCUGGAGGAUGUGCGGGCCCGCCUGGACCUGGCCUUCGCCUGGCUCUACCAGGAGUACAACGCCUAUCUGGCAGCUGGUGCUGCGGGCACCCUGGACAAAUAUGAAGCCUGCCUCAUCCGCCUGCUCUCUGGCCUUCAGGAGAGACCAGACCAGAAGGAUGGGAUCUUCACCAAGGUGGUGCUGGAAGCCCCACUCAUCACUGAGAGUGCCCUGGAGGUGAUUCGCAAGUACUGCGAGGAUGAGAGCCGCACCUACCUGGGCAUGUCCACUCUUAGAGACUUGAUCUUCAAGCGCCCGUCCCGCCAGUUCCAGUACCUGCACGUCCUCCUAGACCUCAGCUCCCAUGAGAAGGACAAGGUGCGCUCCCAGGCCCUACUGUUCAUUAAGCGUAUGUACGAGAAGGAGCAGCUGCGAGAAUAUGUGGAGAAAUUUGCCCUCAACUACCUGCAGCUCUUGGUCCAUCCCAACCCACCAUCCGUGCUGUUUGGAGCCGACAAGGACACAGAGGUGGCGGCCCCCUGGACCGAGGAGACGGUGAAACAGUGUCUGUACCUCUACCUGGCACUCCUGCCUCAGAACCACAAGUUAAUCCACGAGCUGGCGGCCGUGUACACCGAGGCUAUCGCUGACAUCAAGCGGACGGUUUUGAGGGUCAUUGAACAGCCGAUCCGAGGUAUGGGCAUGAAUUCGCCUGAGCUGCUCCUGCUGGUGGAAAACUGCCCCAAGGGGGCAGAGACCCUGGUCACCCGCUGUCUGCACAGCCUCACAGAUAAAGUGCCACCCUCCCCAGAGUUGGUGAAGCGGGUCCGUGACCUGUACCACAAGCGUCUGCCUGAUGUCCGCUUCCUCAUCCCCGUGCUCAAUGGGCUGGAGAAGAAAGAGGUGAUCCAGGCCCUGCCCAAACUCAUCAAACUCAACCCCAUCGUGGUGAAGGAGGUCUUCAACCGGCUGCUGGGCACCCAGCAUGGUGAAGGCAACUCGGCCUUGUCCCCCCUGAACCCUGGAGAGCUCCUGAUUGCGCUACACAACAUUGACUCAGUGAAGUGCGACAUGAAAUCCAUCAUCAAAGCCACCAACCUGUGCUUUGCGGAGCGGAACGUGUACACGUCGGAGGUGCUGGCCGUGGUGAUGCAGCAGCUCAUGGAGCAGAGCCCCCUGCCCAUGCUGCUCAUGAGGACCGUCAUCCAGUCCCUGACCAUGUACCCCCGCCUGGGGGGCUUCGUCAUGAACAUCCUGGCCCGCCUCAUCAUGAAGCAGGUGUGGAAGUAUCCCAAGGUGUGGGAGGGCUUCAUCAAGUGCUGCCAGCGCACCAAGCCCCAGAGCUUCCAGGUCAUCCUGCAGCUGCCGCCCCAGCAGCUGGGCGCCGUCUUUGACAAGUGCCCGGAACUCCGGGAGCCCCUGCUGGCCCACGUGCGCUCCUUCACCCCCCACCAGCAAGCACAUAUCCCCAACUCCAUCAUGACCAUCUUGGAGGCCAGCGGCAAGCAGGAGCCAGAGGCCAAGGAGGCGCCUGCAGGGCCCCUGGAAGAGGACGACCUGGAGCCCCUGGCUCUGGCCCCUGCUCCGGCCCCCCGGCCCCCGCAGGACCUCAUGGGCAUGAGGCUGGCCCAGGAGAAGGCCUUGACGCAGCUGGAGGAGGAGCAGAAGCUGAAGCCGGCGGGCGUGGGUGCGGCCGCCGCCUCCUCGUGCCCCGCGCGGCCCGGGCCUCCCCCGGCCGAGGAGGCCAUGGAUUUCCGGGAGGAGGGGCCGGAGUGCGAGACCCCGGCCAUCUUCAUCAGCAUGGACGACGACUCGGGGCUCACCGAGGCCGCGCUCCUGGACUCUAGUCUUGAGGGGCCCCUCCCUAAGGAGGCAGCAGUGGGCGCGCCCGCCGCGAAGGAGGAGCGGAGCCCGCAGACCCUCGGCCCCGCGGGGGACGACGCCAAGACACCCAGCCCCGCGGCCGAGGAGGCGGGGGAGCCCGAGGCCAGGGGCAACAGCUGACGGGGCUGGGGGGCGGGGGGACGGGCCGGAGCAGCAGGGCUUUGCCUUGAAACUA